CGCUAGAGAGACGUGACACCGCGCACCGGAAGUGACGAACUAGUUUACUGCGCAGCGCCUUGGCGCGUACUUUGACUAAAGCGCUUUGAGUAAUUCUUCUCCCUGUUGUCCCUGUGCUUUUCACUGUUCUGUUUUGCUAUACGAGAGUGAAAUAAAGCCUGAGCAAAAUGGCUCAGACGCUGCAGUACGUAAGCAGCCGACUGUCUAUGUUGCAGUUAGAUGAAGAGGACCUUAGUAGAAAUCCACAGUUUGGCAAACUUCUCAUUGAACUCUGUCAGAUACUGGGGCCCAAUGGUGGCAGUGCCAGCCUAAACCGAGAGCUGGAGGAGACACGCCGUGAGUUGUUGCUGCAGAGGAAAUUGUGGAUGCGGUCAGAAGUGAUCUAUCAACUGGUGCAGGAGAUGCUCCUAGAGUUUCAGGUCAGAAAGCAGGAGGGCUCUUUAACUGAAGAAGAGAGAAAGUUUCAGGAUGGUUUGCAACAAUGCAUGCUAGUUUCUGAGUGCUCUCGGCUGCUUGCAGCUGAUUCGGUGCCACCAUCAGACUCUGCAUCUAUACUUGGGCUUGACAAGCAAGAUCUUCUUAACCUGCUUCCACCAAAUAUGCUUGUUCUCUGGGUUAGAGAUCGUCUACACAAACAGUUGGAAGAGGCUUUGAAAAAGAAGUGUUUCACAUUUCUGUCUUUCCACCAGCCUGAGACAGAUGAGGAAGGCGAUGUCCUUCGUGCAGCAAAAGUUCUACGUUUAGCCAGCACUCUGGAAGAUGAGAAGAGACGCUUACAGAAUGAUCAAGAGAAGCAUCAGGAAAUGCGGGCACUUCUAGAAAAGCAGCAGGAAAUUUAUCCUCAUGUGCUGCUUCGCUGUCUGUCCCUUCUAAGACAAGCUGCCUCUGAACUCCGUCUUAAAGCUCAGUCAGACAUUGAUCGCAUAAAUGCAGAAUAUUUGGAGGCUAAAAGUAAUGCACUGUUUCUAAAACUUAGGAUGGAAGAGUUGCAGGUCCUUACUGACUGUUAUUCCCCAGAGAAGGUUGCAGUCCAUCGGCAAAUAAGGGAUAGCUUGGAGGCUGAAGUGAGGAAGGAGAAGCAGGAGCUGUCAAUGUCCCAGCAGAUUCUUGCUUCCUAUGAAUUCCUUGGUCCAGAGUUUGAAGGGCUAGUUCAAGAAUACACUCGUUUAAAGGAUAAGAUUAAAGACAACCGCUGGAUGCUUCAGGAACUCAGCAAGUCACUGCCGUGAAGACAUCAGCUUUUGAAAAAUGGAUUUCAUUCAUCCUCUAAUGACCAGACCAGACUUAUUAAAAACAGACUAGUAGAUAUGCACCAGAGACUAACUAGAGCUUUUGUUUUGUUAUAAAAUAUUGGCUUCCACCAUAUUUUUCUGUUUAAAGCUGGCGACACACAGGGCAUUUUCCCUAUGUCCAGCUACAUAGUGUCUACUGACAUGGGCAAAUAGCAUUGUUCUGUUUGUUUUGGCUGAUGGCUAAAAUGAGAGGAUAGCUCGCUUCAUAUGCCAGUAUCUUAUCCAUUCAAGUGGCACUCACAAUAAAAUCUUCAUUUUGGAUUGACCAAAUGUGAUCUGGUCAUAUCGCAGGACAGACUUUUGAAACAAUACCUUGAGGUGUCAUACAUGCCCAGUAAGGUUGAUUUUGAACAUAUUGCCCAACUUCCUGCCUAAUAAGGGCUUUCUAUGGCCACCUUGCAGUUUUUGGCCAGUAUGCCAUUGAUAUCAAUUCUGUUAAUAACACUUGGGGGCACAUUCAUGAAACCACAAUUUUUUAUUUUAUUUUUUUUUGAGGAAAAAAAAUUGUAUUUUUUCUAAUUUAUAGAACUUUUUGUUAUGUCCACAAUAUUUUCUUUAAAAUUCCACAACUUUUUCGUGGUUUGCGUUUAUUUCCAUGAAAAAGUCGUAUUUUUCACAACGACUACGAACAUUUCGGAAUUCAUUCAAGCUUUGGUAUCGUGACUAUCUUUUUGCCUGGUUGGAUCUGUAGAGUGCCAUUGAGUGCUAUGGAAGGCUUCCAAAAUCAUGGAUUGAAGGUUUCAAAGCCAAAAAGGUUUUUGCGCCGUUUAUGGAUUGUGCGGAUCCGAAAAUUUCUGGACUUUUGCAUCGCAACCACAAUAUUUCCGUAUGACCAAGAAAAGAAUUUUGGCAACAUUUUCACACAUUAGAAAUUAUUGUGGUUACUCCGAAUUUUUUCCAAUCGUGCAUUUAAUCACCCAAAAUUUGUGGUUUAAUGAAUGGGCCCCCUAGUGUUAAAGGGGUCUUAGCCUGUAAAAAAUGUUUUUGCAAACUAGUGAUCGCUAAUGAUGUAAUUAUUGUAAAUAAACCCUUUAAUUUUGAAGAUGUAAUUAAAGGUAGUGGUUAGUUGCAGGUUCGCAAGUAUAAAAUAUACUGGAUAUUGUAAGACAUCAUAAAUAAAUAGAAUCAAUUUGUAUAUAUUUCUAUAUGCAUCAACUAAUUCUAUUUAGAUUGUAAUUAACUUUAAUUAUAAAAAAAUCCAGCGCACUCAUGGGAAUUGAGACAACUUUUUAAAUUCCGUAAACUGCAUGCAAAUGUUAAGUGAUUGGAGCUGUAUAAGUUAUACAUGCCAAAAACAAAGCCAAUAUCAUUAUUUAUUGUUUUGAUCUAUUGGCCCUAACUAUAGAUAUGGUUAUAUUCAUUAUGUGGAACUGCUUGGUUGGAUUUUCUUGGGAAGAUGUUUCCUGACCAGAGUAAUGAUGCUGCAGGUACAGGCUAUUAUUAAAUGCAGUAUUACCACUUGGGUACUGCUACUGCA